AUGAUGGAUUCUGAUAGCAGUAAUACUAGCAGUCCCACCGAGAGCGAAUUUAGUUUCAAACAUGAAAAAUCAAUUGAUGAAGAGGAUACAAUGUUAGCUAGUACACUAAGAGAAGUUUCUACUCCACCACUUCAACAGGAAGAAAAUCAAGUAGAAUUCAGGAAAUUACUAGAGUCCAUGAUGGGGUCUAACAGCGAAUCUGAUGAAGAAAAUAGUGACAAAGAUCAACAGAAAAAUGAAGAUGAUAAAAAAGUUGAUCCUGAUAAGCUAGUUGAAGCUUACCAUCAGUGUAUUUUUGAAGAAUUAGAAAUAAUGGCGGGUCCAGAGUCACCCAAAGAUCAUCGGUUGGAAUAUCUUGGUUCUUGUAUACAAAAGUCAUUAAAACUCAAACCAGAAAAAUGGGGAAGAUUAUUAUUAACUGAAGAAUAUCGAAAUGCUAUAAUUGACUUUCUUGAUAAUCCGUAUCCAGCAGCUCUCUUUGUUGUUAUGACGCCUAAUGCUCAACUCGUUGCGUCUUGUAAUUUUCCAAUUCCAUGUCAGAGAACAAAAGGUACUUUUGCUGUUAAAAUACGAAUGACGCCGGUCCCCAAAGAUGCUGAAGGAUGUGCGUCCAUGUUGAUUAUAGGAGAUUUAUCAAACAGAAUUGUUGACGAACUUGCAACUCUUGUAGAUAAUGUUUUCGCUCCACUGCUUUGUAAAUCGGAAAAUCACAAAGAUUUACCGGAAAUUGCUAUUCAAGAUAUUAGCCGUCAAGUCCAUCUCAUACGAGGAACUUUAUAUCAGGUUAAAGGUCAAGUAAAUGGAAAGACAGUUUUGCCUAUGCCAGCUGGACUGGAAAAAGUAGCAGAAGUUGAAAGACAAGUGAGUGAAGAAGGACCUCAAGCAGUUGACCUUUAUCUAAAAAGUGCCAUUGAAGGUGUUGUGAUAAAGUGGGCUUAUCUGGUAAAUGAUGUGGUUACUCAGGAUUCCAGUGUUGCUUUUGAAAAUGGACAAAAUCCUACGCCUUAUGUUGAACUUGAAUAUUGGUCUAAGCGUCUCACCAACUUGAGGUAUAUUUUCGAUCAACUACGAGAAGAUCGGGUACGGAAGAUGGCAAUAAUCCUCGAGAAAACAGACAGUGCAUAUUAUCCUUGUUUUCGCACUCUCUUUGGUAAUGUCGUAUCCGCCCUCGCAGAAGCAAAAGAGAUAUCGUUGUACUUGACACCCUUAAGGAGAUGCUUCAAGGCCAUCGAGGAAAUUGAUUUUUCUGAAGCUAAGCAAAUCUCCAACCUGUUGAUACAGGAAGCGCGACGAUUUCUUGAUCCUUCUUCCAUCUUUCAAAGCGAUGUUGAUGAAGCAUUACAGCGUGUACAAAUUUCUCGAAGUGUAUUAGAAGAGUUUAAAAUCCAAUUUGAGUUUGCAAGAGCUCAUCCAGGUAUGAAACCAGAUUCACCACCAUGGACAUUCAAUUCUGCUGCGGUAUUCCAUCGAUUAGAUGCUUUCCUGAAGAGAUUAGCAGAUAUUGAGUGGCUUUUUUAUACAGUCUUGGAAUUUUCUAAACUAGAAAAAAUAGAAAUUGGUGGAAUUCUAGGUCGUUCUUUAAGUGCAAGAAUUGUUUCAGUUGUAAAAGAGUUUCAGCAUCUUUUUGCUGCAUUCUCAGCACGUGCUAGUGAUGUUCUUGAACCUGACGAUGAAUCUUUUGCUGUCAACUGUGCCAAAUUCAGCGAAUCGAUCACAGACCUAGACAGCAAACUUGCUGCAAUACUUUGCCAAGCUUUUGAUGACUGCAGCAAUUUGGAGAGUGCUUUCAAGCUGAUCAAUAUCUCUGGAACAGUGCUGAAUCGAACAGUAAUUCGCAAACAAUUUAUGGACCGUUACACUCAGAUAUACGAACUGCUGAAUAAUGAAUUGACAAUGGUAGAAAUACUUUUCCAUCGUGGCAUACGUGAAUCCUUCAGCGAUCUUCCCCCCUUAGCUGCAGCACUGCAAUUUACCAGUAUGCUCAGACAACGAAUCAAUCUUCCAGUGCAGUCAUUCAAAACUCUUCAACACUCUAUUGUAGAGAGCAAAGAAGGACAGAAUAUUUUAGCGCGAUAUGAAAGAUUUAUUAAUUUACUGAACGAAAAAGACACAGUCCUUUUUGAAGAAUGGGCUCAGCUCGUACCGCAAGCAGUUGAAAAAGGACUCCGACGAACUUUAUUGACAAGGGAUCGGGGUUCCAUUCUUUUAAUGGUUAACUUUGACUCAGAUUUACUUGCGAUUCUAGAGGAAGUUAAAUAUCUUAAACAAACGGCCCAUGAAAAUAUUCCUGAAGUUGCUCUACAAGUAGCAGAGAAAGCUGAGGUAUUUCGGAAAUUUCGAGCUUUUCUACAUAUUACUGUGACUUCAUACAAUGACAUAAGAAGGACUUCUAGACAAAUAGAAUAUAAUCUUAUUGAGUUGGAAGUAGCAAGGAUCGAUUCCAUGGUAACGCGUGGAGAGAAGGAGCUUUGUUGGAAUUCAGAAGGACUAGCUGAUUACAUCAAUGAGCUGGGAGUACUUGUGCAAAAUCUAUGGAAGAGAUUGAAAGCAAUUCAAGCAAACGUUGAAAAGAUUAAGAAAAUCUUAGAGCCAUGGACUAAAACUCCACUAAUUGAACGGAAAGAUCAUCGUAAAGAUACGUUACUUGCUUUAGAUGAAAGGGCAGAAAACAUUGCAAAGCGUUAUAGCGAAAUUCACAAAGGUGCUGAACAAAUUCACGCCCUUCUUAGAGAAAAUGAGCUUCUAUUUGAAAUUUCUACCGAAGUUCAGGAUGCUUGGAAAAAAUAUGUCGAAUAUGUUGAUGAUAUUGUUGUAGAGUAUCUUCGUAGGAGUGUUGGUUGUUGUUUAAGUUAUCUUUCAGAGAAUAUGGAUCCAGUGGGACAAAGAGAAGCUUUAUUCGAAGCUAAAUUAGAGCUUCGCGAACCAGAUUUAUACUACGAACCUUCAUUAGAACCAGAUGAUCCUGAGGGGCUUGAACAACUAAUUGUUGGUCUCCUAAAUGAUAUUAUGAACAUGGCUUCUUUAAUUCCAAGAUUAAGAAGUGACGUUGAAGGAUAUAGAGUUGAUAUAGAACAAGACGCAGACAUUACUGCUAUGAAAAAUGAAAUUUUAUCUGGAGUAGGUAAAGCUAUUGAUGAAGCAACUGAAUUUUGUGGAAUUUUUGAAGGAUAUGCUUAUUUAUGGUUGGAAGAUCGAGAUACUGUGAUGCAACAGUUUCUUGAAUACAGUCGUCAAUUGACAAUGGAUGAAAUGGAGAUGAUAGCAAUGUUAGACCCAAAAGCACCCCAAAAAGCUUCCCCAAGAAUGGAGCAAUUUCGAGAACAGAUUGACUUAUAUGAGGGUCUCUAUUUCGAGAUUGAAGAGAUGAAACCAUCACGAGUUUUUUGUGGGUGGUUCCGAGUUAACCUUAGACCCUUCAAACAGUCACUACUCAAUACUGUAUGCAAAUGGUCCAGCAUGUUUAAAAAACAUUUAGUUGAACGUGUCACAAGCAGCCUGUCUGAUUUAGGAAACUUUAUAAGAUUAGCUGACGAGGGUUUACUACAGCAGAUUCAACCUGGUGAUUACGUGGGUCUCAUCGCUGUUAUGGGAUAUCUGAUGCAAGUAAAAGAGCGUCAACCAACAACAGAUGAAAUGUUCCAACCCCUUCAGGAAACUAUUGAGCUUCUCAAAUUCUAUGAUCAAGAUAUCCCAGAGGAAGUGAAUGUAUUACUCCAAGAAUUACCCGAGCAAUGGGCUAAUACAAAAAAACUUGCUCUUUUAGUCAAGCAACAGGUUGCACCGCUGCAAGCUGGUGAGGUUUCACGUAUACGAGGAAGGAUAUCUGCAUUUGAUACUACAAUUGGUCACUACAGAGAAGCCUUUCGCCGUUAUAACUUUUUCAAGUAUGACUGUCAGAACGCCUAUGGACUGUUAGAUGAAGCAGAUAAAGAGAUUUGUAUGCUUGAGCGACAGAUGAAUGAUAUUCAAGAGUCAGCAUCUCUUUUUGAGGUGACAGUACCAGAGUUCAAGCAGUUGAAACAAUGUAGGAGAGAACUUAAGAUGCUAAAACAGCUCUGGGACUAUGUUUAUAUCGUUAGAAGUAGCAUUGAAGGUUGGAAGACAACACCCUGGAGGAAAGUUGACGUAGAGAACAUGGACAUUGAAUGCAAAAAAUUUGCUAAAGAAAUUCGAGCUCUGGACAAAGAAAUGCGACCUUGGGAUACGUACGUUUCAUUAGAGGCGACCGUGAAGAAUAUGUUGACAUCUCUAAGAGCCGUGGGCGAACUUCAAAACCCUGCCAUCCGUGAAAGACACUGGAGACAACUGAUGAAUAGCACAAAGAGAUUGGGCGACAUGACUCCAGAAGAAACAGUCCGAUUCGUAAUGGAUGAAUCAACAACUCUCGCUGAUUUGCUGGAAUUAAAUCUUCAUGAUUGUGAGGAGGAAGUUAAGAACAUUGUUGAUAAAGCAGUUAAGGAAAUGUCGAUGGAAAAGUAUCUUCGAGAACUUAAUUCUACUUGGUCCACAAUGGAGUUUGAACGAGAAGUUCAUCAACGAACUGGAGCAACUUUAUUGAAGGCUAGUGAAGAGCUCAUUGAAACUCUAGAAGAAAAUCAGGUUCAAUUGCAAAACUUGAUCACAUCAAAGUUUAUUGCUCAUUUCCUAGAAGAAGUUUCAUGUUGGCAGAAGAAGUUAAGCAUUGCUGAUCAAGUAACAACUAUCUGGUUUGAAGUACAACGAACGUGGAUGCAUCUAGAGAGUAUUUUUUUAUCGUCAGAAGAUAUUAGAAAACAACUUCCAGUCGACGCAGAACGCUUCGAUAGAAUCGAUGAAGAGUUUAAGAAAAUGACAGUAGAAAUGGCGAAAACCCCAAAUGUUGUACAAGCCACUAAUAGAGAAGGAUUGGCAGCAGCACUUGAUGUUUUGCAAAAAGAGCUUGUGCUUUGUGAAAAAGCGUUAGCAGAAUAUUUGGAGACUAAGCGACUUGCCUUCCCUCGGUUUUAUUUUAUUUCUUCUACUGAUUUGUUGGAUAUUCUCUCAAAUGGAAAUCAACCUGAAGUAGUAGCAAAACACUUGACUAAGCUAUUUGAUUCCAUGGCUAGACUUAAAUUCAAUUCAGAUAAUCCGAGUGUUUAUCGAGCUGUUGAUGGAAUGUAUGCAAAAGAUGGAGAGUAUGUAACUUUCACUAAUUGCGAAAUGGUUUGUGAAGGAGCAGUUGAAGUUUGGUUAAAUCGCCUGCAAAGUGCAAUGCGUGUAUCAAUUCGUCAUUAUUUUAGUGAAGCUGUCGUUGGUUAUGAAGAGAAACCUCGAGAACAAUGGUUGUUUGAUUAUCCAGCACAAGUUUCUCUCUGUGGAACUCAAAUUUGGUGGACUACUGAAGUGAAUUUAGCAUUUUCUCGAUAUGAAGAAGGAUACGAUAAUGCUCUUAAAGAUUAUCUUAAAAAGCAAAUUCUACAACUCAGUACGUUGAUCAGUCUUUUACUUGGUGAAUUGAGUAAACAGGAUCGACAGAAAGUCAUGACCAUUUGUACUAUCGACGUUCACUCACGAGACGUUGUUGCUAAGCUGGUACAAGCUAAAGUAGAAACUGCACAGGCUUUCCAAUGGCAAAGUCAGCUGCGUCAUCGAUGGGAUGAAAAAGAAAAAGAUUGCUUCGCUAAUAUUUGCGAUGCUCAGUUUAAAUACUCACAUGAAUACUUAGGAAAUACGCCCAGGCUUGUUAUUACUCCAUUAACUGACAGAUGUUACAUUACUCUAACUCAAUCGCUACAUCUAAUAAUGGGUGGAGGACCUGCUGGUCCUGCAGGAACUGGAAAAACAGAGACCACCAAAGAUCUAGGUCGAGCAUUAGGUAUAAUGGUGUACGUUUUUAACUGCUCUGAACAAAUGGAUUACAAAUCAUGUGGGAACAUUUAUAAAGGUCUCGCACAAACUGGUGCUUGGGGAUGCUUCGAUGAAUUUAACAGAAUUUCCGUAGAAGUUUUGUCAGUUGUAGCUGUCCAAGUGAAGUCUGUUCAGGAUGCCAUAAGAGAUAAAAAACAAAAAUUCAAUUUUAUGGGAGAAAUAAUUCAAUUAGAACCGACUGUUGGAAUUUUUAUUACUAUGAAUCCCGGAUAUGCCGGACGUACUGAGUUACCAGAAAAUUUAAAAGCUCUAUUUCGACCAUGUGCCAUGGUAGUACCUGAUUUUGAACUUAUCUGUGAAAUUAUGUUAGUUGCUGAAGGAUUUCAAGAUGCUAAAAUAUUAGCAAGAAAAUUUAUUACUUUAUAUACACUCUGUAAAGAAUUAUUGUCGAAACAAGAUCAUUAUGACUGGGGAUUGCGAGCAAUAAAAUCAGUUUUAGUGGUGGCAGGAAGUUUAAAACGAGGAGAUCCAGGAAGACCUGAAGAAGAAGUACUCAUGAGAGCAUUGCGAGAUUUUAAUAUUCCAAAAAUAGUUUCUGAUGAUCUGCCAGUUUUCAUGGGAUUAAUUGCAGAUUUAUUUCCAGCUUUAGAUGUACCGCGAAAGAGAGAUGUGGAAUUUGAGAAAACAGUAAAACAAGCAGCAGCUGAUUUAUUACUUCAACCCGAAGAUGGUUUUAUUCUCAAGGUCGUCCAGUUGGAAGAAUUGUUAGAGGUCAGACAUUCUGUAUUUAUUGUUGGCACAGCAGGUUGUGGAAAAACUCAAGUCUGGCGAACUCUUUUUAGAACUUACCAAAAUAUUAAAAGAAAACCAAUCUAUAAUGAUCUCAACCCUAAAGCUGUAACCAACGAUGAGCUCUUUGGAAUAAUAAAUCCGGCGACACGAGAAUGGAAAGAUGGUUUAUUUUCUGUAAUAAUGAGGGACCAAGCUAACUUGGGUGGAGAAAAUCCUAAAUGGAUCAUUCUUGAUGGUGAUAUAGAUCCAAUGUGGAUUGAAUCAUUGAACACGGUGAUGGAUGAUAAUAAAAUUCUUACCCUUGCAAGCAACGAAAGAAUUGCUCUAACACCAGCAAUGAGACUAUUAUUUGAAAUUUCAAAUUUGCGAACGGCAACACCUGCUACUGUCUCUCGUGCAGGAAUACUUUAUAUAAAUUCUCAGGACCUUGGUUGGAAUCCUUAUGUAACUAGUUGGAUAGAAACCCGAACUAUACCAGCAGAGAAAUCGAAUCUCGUAACUCUAUUUGAUAAAUACAUACCAAUAUGUUUAGAAACACUGAGAACAAGAUUCAAGAAAAUAACUCCAAUUGCUGACAUGGCUCAUGUGGAAAUGUUGUGUCAACUAUUGAACUGUCUUCUUAAACCAGAAGUUACAGCACAUGAAUUUACAAAAGAUCAUUACGAGUUGUACUUUAAUUUUGCGGCAGUCUGGGCGUUUGGAUCAGCCAUGUUUCAAGACCAAAAUAUUGAUUACAGAGUAGAAUAUACUAAAUGGUGGGUUAAUGAAUUUAAACAAGUGAAAUUUCCAUCUCAAGGUUCAGUUUUUGAUUAUUAUAUUGAUCCAGAAACGAGAGAAUUUAUGCAUUGGAAUGAACGUGUUCCUAGAUUUGAAUUAGAUCCAGACAUUCCUCUACAAGCUGCUGUAGUUCACACUGCGGAAUCGAUAAGAAUAAAAUAUUUCUUGGACCUUUUAAUGGCUGAAAAGAAUCCAGUAAUGCUCGUAGGUACAGCAGGAUGUGGAAAAACAGUUUUAGUGUCUGAGAAACUUCUUCAACUUUCUGAAAACUACGCUGUUACAAAUAUACCUUUUAAUUUCUAUACAUCAUCGGAGAUGCUGCAAAAAAUUCUAGAAAAACCAUUAGAGAAAAAAGCAGGGAGAAAUUAUGGUCCACCAGGGAAUAAAACGUUGAUUUAUUUUAUCGAUGAUAUGAAUAUGCCUGAGGUUGAUACCUAUGGUACAGUUCAACCACACACACUCAUUCGUCAGCAUUUGGAUUAUGGACAUUGGUAUGACAGGACUAAAUUAUCUCUGAAAGAUAUUCAUAAUUGUCAGUAUAUCAGCUGUAUGAACCCUACUGCGGGUUCUUUUACAAUAAAUCCUCGUCUACAAAGACAUUUUAUAGUAUUUGCUGUCAGCUUUCCUAAUAAUGACUCGUUAAUGACGAUUUAUUCAUCAAUUCUUUCUCAACAUUUAGCUAACCUUGAACACAGGUUUCCAUUGUGCGUGACAGAGAUGGGAGAUAGCAUCGUCCAAGCCUCUCUUCAGCUUCACAAUCGAUGUGCUCAAGUUUUUCUACCUACAGCAACAAAAUUCCAUUAUAUUUUUAAUCUACGUGAUCUCUCAAAUUGUUUCCAAGGCAUGCUAUUUAGUGGAAAUGAAUGUCUUCAGUCAUCUUGUGAUAUUAUUCGUCUUUGGAUGCAUGAAACUCAUCGAGUUUAUGGAGAUAAAUUAACUGAUGACAAAGACAUUGAUAGUUUUAUUAAAUUACAAAUCGAUAUAUUGAAAAAAAAUACCGAGGAAAUUGAUGAAAGUGCAGUACUGGAGAAACCAAAUAUAUAUUGUCACUUUGCGGGUGGUGUCGGUGAACCUAAAUACAUGCCAGUGAAAGAUUGGACGACACUUAACCGUCUAUUGUCAGAAGCUCUUAUAAGCUACAAUGAUUUAGUUGCUGCGAUGAACCUAGUUCUCUUUGAAGAUGCAAUGAUGCAUGUUUGUCGUAUAAAUCGAAUUUUAGAAUCACCAAGAGGAAGUGCUUUACUAGUUGGCGUUGGGGGUUCUGGAAAACAAAGCCUUUCUCGCUUGGCAGCAUUCAUAAGCUCUCUAGAAGUCUCGCAGAUUCAAUUACGAAAGGGAUAUGGAGUAAUUGAUUUGAAAAUGGAACUCGCUGCUUUGUAUAUGAAGUCUGGACUUAAAAAUAUAGGCAUCAUGUUUCUAAUGACUGAUGCACAGGUGCCUAAUGAACAGUUUUUAGUUUUAAUUAAUGACAUGCUUGCAUCUGGCGAAGUACCAGAUCUUUUUCCCGAAGAUGAAGUGGAGAAUAUAAUUGCAGGUGUUCGAAAUGAGGUAAAGGGUGCUGGAAUAUUGGAUAGCAGGGAAAAUUGUUGGAAAUUCUUCAUUGAUCGAGUUAGACGACAGCUAAAAAUUGUUUUAUGCUUCUCACCAGUUGGAUCAAUAUUAAGAGUAAGAUCAAGGAAAUUCCCAGCAAUAAUAAACUGUACUGCAAUCAACUGGUUUCAUGAGUGGCCUCAGGAGGCUUUGAUGUCCGUUUCAAAGAGAUUUUUAGAAGAACUCGAUGAAUUACCAGUGGACUGCAGGGAGUCAGCAGCAAAGUUCAUGGCCCAUGCCCACACGACCGUGAACGCAACGAGCCGUCUCUAUUUGGCGAGCGAACGACGUUACAAUUAUACUACACCAAAGUCAUUCCUGGAACAAAUUAGUCUGUACAUGAAACUUCUUAAAGCUAAAUCCAGCGAAUUAAGGGGCCGGAUCGAGCGGCUGGAAAAUGGUCUGGCGAAGUUAAGAUCAACAGCAGCUCAAGUAGCUGAAUUGAAGCAAAAAUUGGCUAUACAGGAAGUAGAAUUACAGCAGAAAAAUGAAGCUGCGGAUGCUCUGAUAGCUAUUGUUGGCGUUGAAACGGAAAAGGUCCAGAAAGAAAAAGCAUUAGCUGAUGAGGAGGAAUCGAAAGUCGCUGUAAUUGCGGAGGAAGUGCUGAAAAAACAGAAGGAUUGUGAAGCGGAUUUGGUAAAGGCCGAACCAGCUUUACUAGCAGCUCAAGAGGCUUUAAACACUCUUAAUAAAGCGAAUCUCACAGAAUUAAAGUCAUUUGGAUCUCCACCAGGCGCUGUGACCAACGUCACCGCCGCUGUAAUGGUCCUCCUCGCACCUAAUGGCAAGGUGCCAAAGGAUAGGAGUUGGAAAGCUGCCAAAAUCGUCAUGGCUAAAGUUGAUGCAUUUCUUGAUUCUUUAAUAAAUUAUGAUAAAGAAAAUAUACAUCCAGAGGUCAUAAAAGCUAUACAACCGUAUUUAAAAGACUCUGAAUUUGAACCAGAAUUUGUACGAUCAAAAUCCGCUGCCGCUGCGGGUUUAUGUGCUUGGGUUAUCAAUAUCAUUAAGUUUUACGAAGUUUUCUGUGAUGUUGAACCUAAGAGGAAAGCCCUAGCGCAAGCAAAUGCUGAAUUAGCAGCUGCUCAAGAGAAAUUAAGUGGUAUCAAACGAAAAGUUGCUUCAUUAGAAGAGCAAUUAGCGAAGCUCACAGCUGACUUCGAACAAGCGACAUCCGAGAAGCUCAAGUGCCAGCAAGAAGCAGACGCCACUAAUGCAAUCAUCGCACUAGCUAAUCGAUUAGUAGGAGGUCUCGCCUCGGAGAAUGUUCGUUGGGCAGAUUCAGUUGCUGAUUUGAAGCAUCAAGGAGAAACUUUACCUGGAGAUGUACUUCUAGUUACUGCGUUUAUUUCCUAUGUUGGAUGCUUCACUAAGUCCUUCCGAUUAGAUCUUCUACACAAGCAAUGGUUACCUGCUCUUAAAACAAUAGAACCACCUGUUCCUAUUACUGAUGGCCUUGAUGUUCUUACUCUCCUAACAAAUGACACGCAAAUUGCUAAAUGGAACAAUGAAGGUUUACCGAACGAUCGAAUGAGUACAGAAAAUGCUACAAUUCUUUCUAAUUCAGAUCGUUGGCCUCUAAUGAUUGAUCCGCAGUUGCAAGGUAUCAAGUGGAUAAAACAAAAGUAUGGAGAUGACCUACGAGUGAUUCGAUUGGGACAAAGGGGAUAUUUAGAUGUAAUUGAGCAAUCUCUAGCGGCAGGUGCUACCGUUCUAAUAGAAAAUAUAGGGGAAGCAGUAGAUCCGGUUCUUGAUCCCCUUCUCGGAAGGAAUCUCAUUAAAAAAGGGCAAGCGAUAAAAAUAGGAGAUAAGGAAGUUGAAUACAAUCCUAAAUUCAGACUUAUAUUGCAUACCAAACUGGCAAAUCCUCAUUACAAACCUGAAAUGCAGGCCCAAACAACUCUUAUUAAUUUCACUGUCACGAGAGAUGGUUUGGAAGAUCAACUUUUGGCUGAAGUUGUUAAGGUUGAACGUCCAGAUUUAGAAGAUUUAAAAGCUGAGCUUACAAGACAACAGAAUGAUUUUAAAAUCACUUUAAAUAGUCUGGAAGAUUCGCUUCUUUCACGAUUAUCUUCAGCGGAUAGCAAUGUUUUAGGAGAUACAGCUUUAGUGGAAAAUUUAGAAACAACAAAAAAGACAGCAGCAGAAAUAGAACGUAAAGUAACAGAAGCUCGUGGGACUAGUAAAGAAAUAGAUGCAGCAAGAGAACUUUAUAGACCUGCGGCAGCAAGAGCAUCACUUCUCUAUUUCAUUCUCAACGAUCUUAAUACUAUCAAUCCUAUAUACCAGUUCUCUUUGAAAGCCUUUAGUGUUGUCUUUCAGAAAGCUAUUGUCAGAGCUGAUCCAGCGGCCGACGUGACAGGCAGAGUAAUGAAUCUUAUUGAGUGUAUCACCUAUUCGGUCUUCAUGUACACAACGAGAGGAUUAUUCGAGUGUGAUAAACUGAUAUUCACAUCUCAGAUGGCCUUUCAGAUUCUUUUAGCCAAGAAAGAGAUAACUACAACUGAACUAGACUUUCUGCUCAGGUUUCCAAUUGUCCCCCAUGUCACGUCCCCAGUUGAUUUUCUGACCAAUAGUAGUUGGGGAGGAAUAAGGAGUCUAGCUUCUAGAGAUGAAUUUAGGAAUUUAGAUAGAGAUAUUGAAGUAUCAGCAAAACGGUGGAAAAAGUUUGUGGAAUGUGACUGCCCAGAACGAGAAAAGUUCCCUCAAGAAUGGAAAAAUAAAACAUCUAUCCAACGUUUGUGCAUCUUACGAGCCUUAAGGCCUGACAGGAUGACCUAUGCUAUAUCAGUGUUCAUCGAAGAGAAGCUUGGCGUGCGAUACGUCGAGGGUAAGACUGUUGAGUUUUCGAAAUCCUUCGAAGAAACCGGUCCUUCGACUCCCAUCUUCUUUAUCCUUUCUCCGGGAGUAAAUCCACUCAAGGACGUUGAAGACUUAGGACGUAAAAUGGGAUAUACCUCGGAUAGUCAAAACUUCCAUAAUGUUUCUCUCGGUCAAGGUCAAGAGACAGUAGCAGAGCAAGCAAUGGAUAUAGCAUCAAAGAUGGGACACUGGGUAAUAUUGCAAAACAUUCAUCUAGUGAAAAAGUGGUUACCACUUUUGGAGAAGAAACUUGAAGUUGCAGCUGAAGGAUCUCAUCCAGACUACCGAGUCUUUAUGAGUGCAGAACCGGCAAGUACUCCAGCAGGUCAUAUAAUUCCUCAAGGCGUACUUGAGUCCUCCAUCAAGAUCACGAAUGAGCCGCCCACCGGGAUGCAAGCAAAUCUGCACAAGGCACUCGACAAUUUCACGCAAGAGACUCUCGAGAUGUGCAGUAAGGAGGCGGAGUUCAAGGCUAUCCUCUUCUCUCUUUGUUACUUCCACGCUGUAGUGGCGGAACGAAGAAAGUUUGGACCUCAGGGCUGGAACAAAAUCUAUCCCUUUAACGUGGGUGACCUCAACAUUAGCGUCAGUGUGCUUUACAACUAUCUCGAAGCAAGCCCAAGGGUUCCAUGGGAAGAUUUGCGAUACCUCUUUGGCGAAAUCAUGUAUGGGGGACAUAUAACUGAUGAUUGGGACAGAAAACUUUGCGUAUCUUAUCUUGAAGAAUUAAUGCAGCCUGACUUGGUCGAUGGAGAACUUCAAUUAGCUCCAGGCUUUCCGGCUCCUCCAAACACCGACUUAGCCGGUUACCAUGCCUACAUUGACGAAUCAAUUCCACCCGAGUCACCCUACCUUUACGGCCUACAUCCAAAUGCAGAAAUAGGGUUUCUAACGACAACCUCGGAGAAUUUGUUUAGGACAGUCUUUGAAAUGCAGCCUAGAGAUGCUGGCGACUCUGGUGGUCAGACAGUAACAAGAGAAGAUAAAGUAAAACAAAUUCUAGAUGAAAUAAUGGAAAAAUUACCAGAAGAAUUUAAUAUGACAGAUAUAAUGGCUAAAGUUGAAGAACGAACCCCUUAUGUAAUUGUAGCAUUUCAAGAGUGUGAGAGAAUGAAUUGGCUGACCGGUGAAAUGAAGAGGUCACUUAGAGAACUCGAUCUUGGAUUAAAAGGAGAAUUAACUAUCACUUCAGACAUGGAAGAUCUAGAAAAUGCUCUUUUCCUCGAUCAAGUUCCACCUAUCUGGUCUCAAAGGGCGUAUCCAUCUCUAUUGGGACUCACAGCUUGGUUUGUUGAUCUUUUAUUGCGACUCAGAGAAUUAGAAACCUGGUCAACUGACUUUGCACUUCCGGCUUGUGUAUGGUUAGCAGGAUUUUUUAAUCCUCAAUCAUUAUUAACAGCAAUUAUGCAGUCGACAGCAAGAAGACAUGAAUGGCCGUUAGAUAAAAUGUGCCUCCAGUGUGACGUUACAAAAAAGAAUAAAGAAGAGUACACAACUGCACCGAAAGACGGGGCUUACAUUCAUGGAAUAUUUAUGGAAGGAGCCCGAUGGGAUGUUCAAGCUGGAAUUUUAGUGGACUCCAGGCCGAAGGAAUUAUUCCCAAUGAUGCCAGUGAUUAAUAUACGAGCAAUAACUCAGGAUAAACAAGAUUUGCGAAAUAUGUACGAAUGCCCAUUAUAUAAAACACGAACACGUGGUCCUACUUAUGUAUGGACAUUUAAUUUGAAGUCAAAAGAUAAACCAGCGAAAUGGACUCUCGCUGGAGUUGCCUUGUUACUUCAAAUUUAA